GGGCGUUGUGACCACCCAAAGCAAAGACGUUGCAGUAACAAUCACAGAGUGUUUUACAAAUAAUUCCUCAGGGCUAAUGAUUAAUCUGAGGUAAAACAUUAAUGCCCCAGCAAUGCAUUAUAUAUAUGAGGAGCAGAGCUGACACAGUUAUUUAGGAAGCUUUCCCUGAGACACAGUCAAAGGCUUCUCACCAUUUAACUGUCCUACUGAUCAGGCAUAUAGACACAGCACUUACUAUAGAUUGCUUAAAGCAGAGUCAUCUUAACAUGGCUAAAGCAAUAACACCUUGUACUUGGCUAUUACCAGCCUGUUUGCUUUUUAUAGCAGUAAUGAUUACAGUAGCAGAACCACUGCAUUGUGCUCAGUGCACUGAAGAGAAAUUAGCUCUUUGCCCACAAGUGUCUGCUACAUGCCCAGAGCUUGCACGAGAAUCAGGCUGUGGGUGCUGUAUGACUUGUGCAUUGAAGCGGGGAGAGCUCUGUGGGGUAUACACUGCAAGGUGUGGAAGAGCACUUAGUUGUCAUGUAAAGCCAGGAGAACCCAGACCACUGUAUGCACUUACAAGAGGACAAGGAACCUGCAUGGAUGCAGAGGACCUGGAAAAGCUGAAAGCUGCUGAUACCACAGAAGUAAAGGACUACUCAGAACAUGAAAACACUGCUCCAGAAAACACUGACCUUUCACAAGACCAGAUCCCACCAUUCCUUAGAUUAUUUCCUGAUGGCUUUGACAAGUUUGAUGCAUGGAAUGCGAUCACUGUAUCUGAACGUAUAAAGGCUAAAAAGUUUUUUGAUAGAAAGAAGACGAAAGAGCAACACCAGGGACCAUGCCAGAGAGACCUUUACAAAACAAUGGACAGACUAACUAGGAUUCAGCAAAGAACUGGAGAAGAUGUAUAUAGAUUUCUCAUUCCCAACUGUAACAGAAAUGGCUUCUACCACAGCAAACAGUGUGAAACCGCUUUAGAUGGAGAACGUGGAAAAUGUUGGUGUGUCUAUCCAUUAACUGGAAAGAAAAUUCCAGGUUCUCCUGAAAUUAGAGGGGAACUUAACUGCCAACAGUACCUGAAUGCACAAGAAUAGAUUCAAGCAUCCCUGGUUAUGUGUAUUCUAUCUUAUUUGUGUACAAAUUCUGACCUACAGUAUUUAUUCUGAAAAAAAUAUUUUAACAUUUCUUCCAUUUUAUUAUGUAUUUGUUUCAUAACUAUUUAUAAAUACAAUAUUACAUUCUAUAUAUUUACACUAUUUUUAGAAAAAAAUGACAAAAUGUAAAUCAAACCACUUAUUUAACACAUAAAUUAUAUUUUUACUACUGUGUACUAUGUUAUUGAAUACACUCUUUUGAGAACCAAAAUACAAAU